UUGCAGAUCAUCUAUAAAUAUGUACAAUAUUGCAUUUAAUAGGUUAGCAAAACCGUGGUGGCAUCCAAAUUUCAUUUAUAAUAUUUUACCAGCCAGAGUAGCAACUGAUGAGAUUGUUGAAAAUUUAAAUGGUUUUAUUAAAGAGAUUAUAAUAGAAUCAUGGAAAAGGAGAAAGAUGUUCAAAAACUCGAAAUAUGGAAAUUUCAUUCCAGUUGUUGAUAGAUUAGCCAGUUAUAUUGAGAAAAAUCCAGAUGACAUUAGCAGCGAAGAUUUUAUGAAUCAUUUAAUGACACUCUUCACCGCUGCAUUUGAUACACUGACCAUAGUAUCAUCUUUUGCUCUUCUUUGUUUUGGAAUGUACCCAGAAUAUCAGGAAAAAGCUGUAGAGGAAAUUCGUUCGGUUAUUGGAGAAAGUCCUAGACCUAUUGCUUUGGAUGAAUUGAACAAACUAAUUUAUCUCGACAUGUGUCUCAAAGACGUCAUGAGAUUGUUCCCAAUAGCACCUUUUAUAAUAAGAAGACCCCUAUCUGACUUUUCUCUUGGGAAAUGGGUUAUUCCAAAAGAAGCAGCUUUGUUAGUAUCCAUAUAUCAUGUACAUAGGGAUGAAAGGUAUUGGAAGUGCCCUUAUCAUUUUUAUCCAGAUCAUUUUUUACCUGAUGAGGUUCGGAAGAGGCAUAUUUUUGCAUUUGUGCCUUUUAGUGCUGGUCCUAGAGGAUGUAUAGGUAAAACCUUAGCCAACGUUGUAUUAAAACUUUUCCUAUGUAAUGUAUUACAAAGAUAUGAAAUAGAGGCCGAUGGAAAAGUUCCUGACUUAGAACUCCGUAGCGAUAUAUCUCUAAGACCAAAAUAUGGCUAUAAUUGUAGAUUAAAGAAACGAAUGUGA